CUUCAUUAACUCCUUCGGUUCCAAAUCAUCAUAUUCCUGUAGCUGUUACAAUUCCUCCUGAAAUCUUUAUUAAAAUAUGUGAACAUCUACCACCAUCAGACCUUUUGGUAUUAACAGGUGUUUGUAGAAGAUUUCGAGGAUUUUUAUGUUCUCCAGAAUCCUCUAUUACACAAGAUAUUUGGCGAACUUCUCGAGUUAAUUUUCUUCCAAGUCUUCAAUUACCACCACCUGAUGGAAUGUACGAAGAAGAAUAUAUUCGAUUUGGAAAAUUGUUAACCAACUGUCAAUAUUGUUUAACCAAAAAAACCGUAAAGGUUUAUUGGCAAUUUCGUGUAAGAUGUUGUCAAGAAUGUUUGUCGAAAAACACCACUCCGAUUGUUUUUAGCAAAACUUAUGAGUGGAUGAACGACAGCGUUCUUAGCGGAUUGGCGUAUGUACGUCAUAAUAACCAAGUUCUUUUCUGGUAUCCUGAUGUUAAAUCAUCAUACAAAGAAUUUGAGGCGAUCAGUGGCAAUAAAUAUUUGGAGUGG